GGGCGAAUUUAACAAAGUUAAGGACAAAAGCGGUUUGAGCCCCUUGCGGUCCCUGUCGUGUAAGGUCCACCCCGAGGGUGUCCGAGCACGCCAAGUACAUGGAAAAGUAGCCAUCAUGGCUAAUGCAUCAGGAGGGUCCAUUGAACUGGCCUCGUUGAUGAGGACAAAUAAAGUCGAGGCACUUCACGCCACUGUUAGUUGUGGACCUACCAGGUUUCUUGUUUGGACACGGCUGCCUGAAGACAGUUCUACUUGGAUUUUGAAUGCCAGUGAUGGAGUCAAUGUCUGGCAUUCACAACUGGACUUAGAGCAAUUGGAUUCUCAUAGAGAGCUGACAGAAAUUGACAAAUAUGAAGCCUACUUUUCAAUGGUCAGGUCUGGGUUUCAAAAUGGCUCCUUAUCUUUGGCACAGUUUCCUGACAAAGUAAUUAUAACAGUUGGUGAGGGUAUUCCAUCUCUGAGCUAUGACCUCUUUGAAGCAAAGGCCAUUGAAAAGAAGACAGAGUUGCAAUUGAUUCUCUUCAGAUUAGCUGAUAAAGUAACUGAACUGACUCAAGAACUUAAAGCAUCUUCUGAUUCACUGGAAAGACUAAAGGCUCAAAAGGAAGGGGCUCCUGGUGGAUUAUCAACAUUCGAUAAUCAUGCCAAAAAGACGACCCAAGCAGCUCCAGUUAAGAGAAAGCAAGGUCACAGUCUUAUAAACCCAGGAAGCAAAAAAGAAGCUGAGGUGGAAGUUGCUGAUGGUCAUAACACAGAACAAAAUGUCCACAUAUCGGUUUUGGGAAAUGAUCAAACACUGGACAUCUACAAAUGCACAGAUCCAGCAUGUGAACAUUUCUGUACCAAGACAAACAAAAGAUACCACUGCCCUCUGUGCAACAAUAAGCCACAGAAACCAGGCCGCAUGCGCAGGCAUUUUGAAAAGAUGCACUCUGGAAAGCAGAUUGUCCAGCAUGAAGGACACCAAAUGCUCCGCUGCAAGUUAAGAUGUACCAAAGCCAAUGGUCGUGUAACUGACAACUCACACUACCAUUGCUGUCUGUGUGGAAGAGUUCUUGUUAGAAAAGUGCACCUUUACUGCCAUCUUCAAGCCCAUUCAGUUGGUAGCAUGCGAGAAAUAGAUGAGCUUUUAGAUGCAAAAGAUGAUACAGAAGAAGGACCCAUAGAAGAUGCCGAAAUGGAUGAUGAUGAUGAUAAUCAUACUACUUUGGAUACUUCACAGAUCACAGCACUGGAAGGUUCAGAACAAGACAAUGUUGUUGCAUUAUCUGAUGGCACACAGGUUGUCUUUGUACAGUCCAUUCAGGACAGUGAAACUUUAACAGUUGUUCCACUGGAUGAACAAUCCGACACCUUACAACUCACCCAGUCUGUUGACCAGUCAGAUGUCACAACUGUAGUGUCCACUGCCGCUCAUUUAGGCACAAGUCUUCAGGUGUUAACCUCAGUGUCGUCCAGUCUUGCCAACGAACAGCAACAACUUCCGCAGGAGCUGACAGUGAAACAAGUGGAAGCUAUGCUCAGUCAAAGUGAGGAAACUAAUCAAGACACCUCAAUAACAACAGAAACCUCCCAGAGCAGUCUCCCAAACAUCAGUGAGGUAAACACAGACAUGUCAGCAUACACUGAUCAACAAACCACUGAUAUCAACAUGGAGCAUAGCACAGAAACGGAGCAUGCCCUGACAAAACAGUCUGAAGAGGAAGCAAUGGAGUUUGAACAGUGUCUACAGGUUACUGAUCUCCAGAUGUCUCAGGAGGACACUGCUACAGAGGUUGCUGAGAUGGAACAAAGUAAUCUUCAACUUUCUCCAGUUGAGUCAUCUUCUGCAGCAGGGCAAUUAAUUACAUGUACUACCACUGCAGGCAAUGUGGUGCAGACUUCAACCUCACAGUCCAUGGCAGAUCAAGGUUCUUCAAAACUCCUCAUGAUUAAUCCAGUGAGCAAACCAUUGUUUAUGGAUGAUGGUACUGGCACUUCCCAAAAUGAUCAGAGAGGAAAAGCUGCUCGGCAAGAUACUCUAGUGUUGGUUGAUGCUGCAUCAACACCUAAAGGAGACGAUCAUGUCUUCAAGGUUCUGCUUAAUAACCUAUCUCCUGCUACCAGCUGUUUUUGUCAUCCAUCUGUUCUGAACGAAAAGAACAAUUUAGACAUCCAGAGAUGUAAGAACACCUUUUGUGACUGCAGGUUGUAUCACUGUCCUCUGUGCACCUGUUUGCCCAACAAACCAGGGAGAAUAAGCGAACACUUUAAAAAAAUCCAUGCCCAGGAUCUCAUUGUAAGAUACCAAGGUUAUCAAAUGCUACGUUGUAAACUUGGUUGUUCCCGUCCAAGUGGGACCAAAGUGUUUAAUUCCCACUAUCACUGUUGCUUAUGUGGGGCAAUCUGUAUAAGGAAGUCAGGGGUUUAUGAGCACAUGAGAGUGAACCAUGCCAUGCAGCCAAUUAAUAAAGAAGCUCUGUCACAGCUGCCACAAAACCAGAGAGCAAAGUGUGAAAGCAUGCCAACAAAGCCAGUGGUUGUUCAAGUUCCCACACUUUCAACUGGACCUGCAGGAACUGGGACCCAAGUAGUCCAAAGCACUCAACCCCAGACUCCAUCAAGCGAAGGCAUGUUUACAGGGACUGGGACCAGUCCACAAACAGUGACUGUUCAGAUACCUCAGCAAAGUUAUGUUGACACACAGGGACAGGCACAAGUGCAGGGGCAACAGCACGUUGUCAUACUGAUGCCACAGCAGGUUAAUCCAAACCAAGUGCAAUCCCCUACGGCCCCUGCACAGCAGCCUAUUGUCAUAGUAAUGCCGCAGGCAGGAGGAGGUCAGGUCACUCAGCCUAUUGUUGUACCUGUCCCUCAGCCUUCCAGCACUUGAACCAAGAAAUUUCCAUCAUGCUCCAUAUCUUCUGUUGUGGCAACUAUCUUAAGACAAAACUGCACACCACAGAAUGUAUUUGGUAUAGUUUUGUUGUUUUUCUUAUUAGUUCAAUCAUGAGUAGUAUGUCAUGUUGCUAUGGCUCUGUUCAGAAACAGAUCACAGAGGACAUCAAAAUGUGGUGAGAACAAAAAAGUGGCACUUCAUCAGCUUCUGAACAAACACAUGACAACAUGGGAUCUAUUUGUUUCAGAUUAAAAAAAGAAAAAAAAAAAAGCAAAAUGUUGUUACUGGUGACAUCACCUGUGCAUCAAUCCUCAUAUUGAUCAUAAGAUUGAAUCAAGAAAAAUGCAUGUAUUGGUCAGAAUAUUACAUAAAAAUGAUUAUAUCAUGCUUCAAGAAGUAAGCAGCAGGGCCAAUAACAUAUUCCAGUAACAAAACUUGAUUUAUUUUUUUUCAUUCCCCUAGAAUUUAAUUAGGGGUUUAGAUUUUUAAUGAGAGGAUGGAAUUAAUUUCAUUUGCAAUGUUUUCUGUUUACAAUAAACUUCUAAUAAAUUAUUUGAACUAUUUUUUUCCUAUAUUAAUUUUGUAUCUUUUGAUCUGUGAUCCAGGUCAAACUGGUCGAGCAGGUUUUGAACUCAUGUUGUAUGUUAUUGUCCUCUGUGAAGUACUUGGAUAAAAAACAAAGAGUAGCAAUUGUAAUGAGCCUAACAUAACACCUGUACCAUUGGGCACC